AUGGUCCCCAGUCCCACGCACGCUCCCCAGUGCCGACGGCCGCCCCACUUCCUUCCGCAGGACACAGACAACUCCGGUGCCACCAUCCUACACCUGGCAGCCCGCUUCGGUCACCACGAGGUGAUUGACUGGCUCCUCCGCUUCGGGGGCAGCGACCCCACAGCGGCCACUGACACGGGAGCACUGCCCGUCCACUAUGCCGCGGCCAAAGGGGAUUUCCCUUCCCUGCGACUCCUCUUGGGACACUGCCCCAGCACGCUGAGUGCCCAGACCAAGACGGGGGCCACCCCGCUGUACCUCGCCUGCCAGGAGGGCCACCUGGAGAUCAUCCAGUACCUGGUGCAGGACUGCGGGGCCGACCCCCACACGCGUGCCCAUGACGGCAUGACCCCGCUGCACGCCGCUGCCCAGAUGGGCCACAACACUGUCAUCGUCUGGCUGAUGAGCUUCACGACGGUGAGCCUGUCAGAGCGGGAUGCCGAGGGGGCCACAGCCAUGCAUUUUGCUGCCAGCCGUGGCCACGCCAAGGUGCUGAGCUGGCUACUGCUGCACGGCGGGGAGAUCACCACCGACAGCUGGGGCGGCACGCCACUGCACGACGCCGCUGAGAACGGCGAGCUGGAGUGCUGCCAGAUCCUGGUGGUGAACGGUGCCGACCUCAGCAUCCGUGACCAGGACGGCUACACGGCGGCUGACCUCGCUGACUACAACGGCCACGACCACUGCGCCCAGUACCUGCGCACUGUGGAGAACAUGAGCGUGGAGCACCGCGUGCUGUCGCGAGACCCCUCAGUGGAUGGGGAGUGCCGGCAGCCCGACUCGGGCAUGUCAUCUCCCAACACCACGGCAUCGGCGCCCCAGGCACGCUUCGAGGUGGGCUCCCCUGCCAGCACCCUCUCCCCCCCGCCGCCCCCCGGCUACCCUGCGCCCACGCCCCCCGCCACCCCUCACACUGCUGACAUCUAUGUGCGGGCCAAGAACAACCUGCGGCAUGUGGAGAGCCAGGCGCUGCGCCGAGAGCUGGCGUCACGCGAGAGCAGCCCCGAGGGCCUGCACCGGGCUGACUCCACCAGGCGGUCAAGGAAUUUUGGCAAGCAGCCGAGCACCGGUGACUACUACAAGCACCUGGGGCACAGUGCAGCUGAGCAGCCCGGCCCCCGGCGAAUGGCGCACAGCGAGGAGGUGAGCCCCCAGCCCCGCACCGUGAGCCUGCACAUGGCUCAGCGGCACUGGCACUGCCCGACACCUGCCCGCACUAAGUCCUUCAACAUGAUGUCCCCCACUGGCGACAACUCGGAGCUGCUGGCCGAGAUCAAGGCUGGGAAGAGCCUCAAGCCGACGCCACAGAGCAAAGGCUUCACCACCGUCUUCUCCGGCAGUGGCCAAGCAGGGGCCAACGCAGAGUCACCGGUGUCCUCCCCAUCACCCACCAGGACGCCCACCCCGCCAGCCACCCCUGAGGCUGCCGGGCCACCACGCUGCCUGGCAGGGGGCUCGCCAGAGCUGGUGCUGAACGGGAGCUCGCCGGUGCCGGCAGUGGGUGCUGGAGCGGCGGUGGAGGCAGAAGCACUGGUGCCGAGCCACGACGAGCAGGGCCGGCCCAUCCCCGAGUGGAAGCGGCAGGUGAUGGUGCGCAAGCUGCAGCUCCGCAUGCAGGAGGAAGAGGAGCAGCGGCGCAAGGAGAAGGAGGAGGAGGCGCGCCUGGCCAGCAUGCCAGCCUGGAGGAGGGACAUUCUGCGCAAGAAGCUGGAGGAGGAGAGGGAGCAGAAACGGAAAGAGCAGGAGAAGCUGAAGCGGGAGGAGGAGGAGAAGGAGAAGGAGCAGUCGGAAAAGCUAAGGACUCUUGGGUACGAUGAGACAAAGCUGGCACCCUGGCAGAGGCAGAUCAUCCUCAAGAAGGGGGACAUAGCCAAGCACUAGCCACGCCACGCCGCACCCCAGCUCUUCGUGGCGGGAGGAGGCCGGCAGGUCCCAGCAGGGACCAGGACACACCUCAGCACCCUCCUCCCGCCGCGGACAGCCACGUAGCCUGACCUGGAGGAGCCCCCGUCACCGACCCAGGCACCCGUAGUCCCCAUCCCACUGCCGCCAGCCCACUGCCACCCCGUGCUGCCCUUUGCAAAGUGAGCUGCCGCAGCGUGGUGCACCUGGCUCCUGCCGCCCAGCUCGACCACUGCAGCUGGGCUCGCUGUGCCGCCCGGCUCCCCGUGCUCCCCACUGGCACCGCUUGCCAUUGCGGCCGCGGGGCCUCCCCGCCUCCCCUCCUCCCCCCCCCGCCUCUGGAGCUGCUUGAGGCCGGCU